AUUAGGGACCAGAGAAUUGGGAGGCAUGAACUUCACCGACUCACCAGUGAUAGAGCUCCCGGUUCGAACCGCCGUCCUUUCCCCCCACCAGGACAACGUCGUGGAGCUCGGCGCCGGCUGCGGAGCCGCCGGCAUGGGUCUCUAUCUGCUCGGCUUGGCCGACCUCGUCCUUACCGAUAUUCCCGCGGUCAUGCCCGCACUGAAGCACAACCUCAAGCGCAACAAGCCCGUCCUGGGGAAGACGCUCAAGCAUGCCAUCGUGCACUGGAACAAGGCGGCGGAUCAGGCCAAGUCCCUGAGCCCUCCGUACGACGUCGUCGUGGCGACGGACGUCGUUUACAUAGAGGAGACUGGGGGCCCGCUCGUGUCCACCAUGGAGGCGCUGGUGAAGGACGACGGCGUCGUUUUGCUCGGGUACCAGUUGAGGUCUCCGGAAGCACACCAACUGUUCUGGGAAAUGUGUGAGAGGGUUUUUGUGAUAGAGAAAGUUUCGCACCAGGAUUUGCACCCGGAUUAUGCGUACGAAGAGGCUGAUUUGUUUGUCUUGCGCAAGAAACAAAAAGGAGGGCUCACGCAGGAUGCUGCUCCUGAGUCUGCCACUUGAGUGCAGGUUUUUGGUCUUAGAUUUUGGAAUUUCUUUUUUGUGUUCAAAGUUUGUCAAAGUUUGUCAAAGUUUGUUCUGCUGCUUUAAUCCUGUUGUAAACCUAAAUUAAUUUGUGUCUUUUUGGCUCACUACUUGUAAAUUUGCUUGCGAAAUGAUCAAAUCAAAUUUCACCAGUACU